AUGCUCGUGCACUUUAACUCGUCGAUACCGCGAUUGCUCGUGCUUCCGCUUUUCUUGCUCAUCUGCGGAAUCUUCCUGUUCCCCCGCCAGUACCAUGGCUCAGCUGCCCUUUACUUCCCGAUUGUCAGCGGCAAGAACCUCACUGAAGCCAGCUCUACCUUUGACACAUCAGUCCGCCAGUUUUGGAACGAGCUUGCGACUGCUCUGGUAGAGUCACAGCCGCAAUGCGACCCUUUGAAGAUCAACGAUGAGGAAGAGGACAAGGCCAUGAUCAAAUUCGUCCCGCUUGAACCACAUAAAGAGCACCCCAAAAAACUAGUAAACUUCACCGACACAGACGAGAAAGCUUUGUUUCGAGCCCAUUAUGCCAUGCGAAGAUCGGCGCAGCGUCUGGCUUCUGGAGUACCUUUCGCCAAGGGCACAAGUGGAAUCGUUACCACGGCGAACGGAAAAUACAUGCCCAUCUUUUUGGUGUCGUUACGGAUGCUACGAAGAACAGGAUGUACGCUCCCCGUCGAAGUCUUCAUUGACGACUGGAGCAAGUACGACGCCACCGUAUGCGACCAAGUGCUGCCUUCAUUGAACGCCCGCUGUGUUGUGCUCUCAAACAUCUACAACACUGCCGCACACGCCAAGCAGCCGGACCACUACCAGUACAAAAUCUUUGCCAUCCUCUUCUCAUCUUUCCAAAACGUCCUCUUCCUCGACAGCGAUGCCUUCCCCGCGCACGAUCCCACCGAUCUCUUCUCAACCGCACCCUACACGACGCACGGCCUCGUCACCUGGCCCGACUUCUGGGCCCAAACAAUAUCAGCGCAUUUCUACCACAUCGCAGCGAUACCAGAAGUAGCCUCUCAAUCGCGGCUUUCCACCGAAAGCGGCCAGCUCCUCAUCAAUAAGGACACACACCGCGAGUCGCUCCUCAUGAUGGUCUACUACAACUACUACGGCCCAGACUACUACUACAUCCUCCUCAGCCAAGGCAGCCCCGGUGCCGGCGACAAGGAAACGUUUGUCCAAGCCGCCCUCGCCGUCAACCUGCCUUACUACCAAGUCAGCACCCCACCGGGCGCCCUCGGCCGCUUCAGAAACGGCACCUACAUCGGCACCGGCAUCGCGCAAGCAGAUCCCCGACUCGACUACGCCUACCUGACCCCCAUGCGCAGCCACAUCCACAAGGACGGCAACUGGAAGGACGACGACGUUGUCCUAACCUCAGAUUCAAAAGCUCCUCCCCGUCCGAAACCCCUGUUCCUCCACCAGAAUAAUCUCAAGCUCGAUCCGCAGAAGGUGCUGGAAGAUGAGAGGCCGUUCGAUAUCGAUGGCUUGCCUCAUCGUAUGUGGAAUAAUCAGAUUGACGCCCAAGGUCACGAUAUCGAGCGUACGUUGUGGGAUGUUGUUACCGAAGAGGGUUGUAGGGAGAGUAAGAAGAGCGAGACGUGUAGGAGACUUGAAAACCAUUUUCGACAAGUUUUUGGGAAGAGAUAG